AUGCUCCAGACACGGUCCGAGUCCUCCUUGAAGGGGGGGAUGUUCCGGCAACAGUCCGAGCUCUCCCUGAAAGGAGGGAGUCUACGGCAACAGUCGGAGUCCUCCCUGGCCCGCCACGCCGAAUCCGUGGAACUGCUCAAGGCAGCCUCCGCGUCCUUCCCGAUGUUCACCGUGCUCGGGGAGGACCUACUCAAAAUGACGUCUAUGAGACCUCACGAAGCUCUGCGGGCGGAUGGUGUCGUGACUGAGUUUGACCCGGCACUUGGCAAAGCUGCCUUCGUCUCGCACGAAUGGGUUGGCAAACGGCACCCGGAUCCAGACAUGAGACAGUUCCGGGUGCUCCAAGAUGCGGUGCGGAAUGUUUUGUCUGGCGAGGCAAGAGUCAUGGUGGACAUGCCCACCGAAUUGUCUAUCGGGCUAUCGAAAGCUGCGGAGUCGACCUGCGCGCUUGCUCACGCAGACCGUAUCUUCUUUUGGUAUGACUACUUCUCCUGUCCACAGCUGGAAGGCCAGGAAAAUCCAGGUGUUCCCACGGAGCAGUCUGCGCUCCGGGAUGCCGUUAAUAGCAUUCCGGCCUACAUCGCACAGAGUGACCUCUUUUUGGCCCUCUGUCCGGUGUUGACAAGCAGAGAGAAACAAAGCCUCUUGAGCCACUCCACGUGGUCCAGUCGUGGCUGGUGUCGCGUAGAGCUGGCGGUGCGUGAGCUGUCCUCCAAAGUGCCAGAUUGCAUCUUGGUGAAGAGCCCAGUGCACCUGGAGAUGAAAGUCGAAACUUCGGUCAAAUCUGCUGGCGAGGGAGUCUUUACAGUGGAGUCGGAUCGCGAUGCCAUCGCGCCAGUGCUUAACAACUUCUUCAAGAGCAAGCUCGCGUCCUUGCUGAAGGACGGAGACUUUCCGAAGUAUCGGCUCCUGUUGAAUCAGCAGCGGGCACGUCUUCGCGGGUUGCAUGUGCACAGUGUGGAGGACUUGGUGCCCAGCUUCGAUGGCACAGGAUCCCCAGGGUGCAACUACACGAAUCGGUUUCUGCAUCAAAACGGGUUCCAGCACCUGAAUGAGUGUGACGCAGCGGGCUGGACACCGAUCUGUUAUGCGGCUGUGAAAGGAGAUCCCACGAUUGUUCAAGCGCUGCUGGACGCCCGUGCCAACCCAAAUGACACGACGAGAAAGCCGCGAAUGGAUGCCGACAUUGGCAAGCGCACCCCUGUGCUGUGCAUUAGCAUCAAGUUCCAGAACCUGAAAGUGGCCGAGCUCCUGAUCCAGCGCCGUGCUGCCAUCAACAUGAAGAACAUCUUUUUGCCACCUCUCCAUUUUGCCGCCUUCACCAACAAUCCGGAGGCCGUAAAGAUCCUCUGCCGUCACAAAGCUGACCUUGGAAUCAAGAACAGCUUCGGCUUGUCGGCAUGGCACAGCGCUGCCAUGUCUUCGAGCGAUACCGGCUGGGAUGCGCUGGAUGAGCUUCUAGCUCAGCAUGGACGCCGGCCUCCAGAUCUCGCUGACCAGCCACUUUUUACCUGCGCAAUCAACGGCGCAGCUCCGCGAGCAGUGGCGAGACUCGUAGCGGCAAGAGCAGACGUCGACCGUCAGUACAAGCCCAGCCUACUGGAGCCGUUGGGCAUGUUCCUCCAACUCAAGAGCCUGCUGCAUCGCACUGGAACCCGCAGCAUGUUCAGCACAUGGGCCUACCAUCAUUACAAGGCGACUCCUCUAAUGACUUCCCUUCUCUUCGGCAAUUUCGAGGUGGCGUCUGCCCUGCUGAUGGCCGGAGCGAGCACCGGUUUAAAAAGCUACAGGAACAAAACGGCUCUGGACUUCGCCAAAGACAUCCAUUCCCCGGCCUAUCUCCUCGCUGGUCUGCAAGGUGACCUUACACCGUGCCAGCUCCUUUUCUCUGGGCGAUGCCCGGAAGAGGAAGCCAAUGCAGAGGAUGUUUGCCCGGAAGAGGAAGCCAAUACUGAGGAUCUUUUUUGUGUGUGA